CGACGACAGAGGUCUGUGUCUCUCCUGUCUGUAGUGUCGUGUAGUGUUGUGAACGUGUUGAUAAACUGUAAAACUAAACUGUGUCGCUCUCCGACUAUGGUGGACGAUUGACACUGUAUUUCUGCCCCUAAAGAUUCUGCGGAAACAUGCAGGACACCCCUUGUGAAACUGGCUUUUCGCCAGCCCCAGCCCCUACUCAUGAGGUGACUUUGAACCCUCUGCAAGUCCCAAGAAUGGAGAAGGCGGCAGAAGAGAAACCCCUCGACCAUGACACCAAAGAAGAAAACCAAGCCAAAGAAACCCAUAGCACUGAUGAAGAUAAUCCAGUUAACAACAACACCAUCCAACCUCCAAACCAACCAGACCAAACUCCAGAGGUUGUCACCAAGCAAGCAGACAACUUUGGAGAUGUCCAAUAUGGCUGUCCGGUGUGUGACAUGGUGCUUUUCUCCUCUCACGACUUCACCAUCCACAUCAGAUCACACAAACCCGAGGAUCUCGGUUUCAUCUCAUCGUCUGGGAAAAGCCUCGUGUGCCAAAUCUGCUGCAAGGUGAUGACUUCGGAAGCGUCGCUGGAUAAACACAUUCUGACACAUUCAAGAGAGCAACAAUUCAAAUGCAAAAUUUGCGGAACCAUGUUCACCUCCAUCGGGACCCUACAUUACCACAUGAGAAGUCACAGCUCGGAAAACAGGGAUUCUUAUAACUACGACAGUGACGCUAGUUCUGAGAGUCUUGGAUCUCCAAAAUCGUUUUCAUCUCUGCCGACAACUCAAAAAAGAAGAAGGGUGUCUAGAACUGCUUCAGAGUACAACAACAACGUCAUUGAGUUUUCACCUUACAGAUCUGAACAUAAGAGGAAAACAGAAGACGACUUUGGAUCGUCUAAGAGAAAGAAAAGUGAAAAGAGUAAAUUUGAUUGUUCUUUUUGUGGUAAAACAGGUUUCCUUUCACUGAACCUGCUUGAGACCCAUAUUGAAGAAUGCCAUCCUGACUACGUAGCAAAAUGUACUCCUUGUAAUUUGGUUUUCAAAAACCACAGAGUAUUAAACCUUCAUCGGUACAUGGUUCAUCAUUCGGAGUUGAAAGAACGUUCGGUCGGAAAUGUUAAAGAAACAAUUGGAUUUAAAGACUUGACAUUUGUGGAUUUUUCAAGUGAAAAAUUCCCUCAUAUUGCCAGAGCGAUGUGUGAGCAGAGUUUGCACCUGGCGAGUAGUAUGUUUCACAGGUUUCAAUGUGACAAAUGUAGCAGAGCGUUUCCGUGCGGAUCUGCUCUCAAUAUUCACAGACAAGGCUGUGGACAGGAGAACUACGCUUCUUCAGGGGAGAGCUGCCACCAAGACAACGACUUUUCCUCCAGCGAUGAAGCUCCAACAGAUCUCAGCAGCGCUGGUAAAAGAGGCUCUUGGAGUGAAACCAAAGUAUCCGAGAGUUCUGACGAUGUUGAAGAGGAACGUAAAAGAUUCAACUUCUUUGCAGGACUCGAUUUACAAAAUAAAUCAAUCGCGAAUACUCCUCCACAGACCUGUCCUCCCACUUCUCUAAAUCUCCGGAGGGAUCUUUAUUUCAACCAAAACAAUUCAGAGAGUAAAGAUCUGGCUGAUAUCCAAAGCAUCAUUUCCGUUACUUCUGCUGGAGGUUUGCUUCACGAUUUGUCAAAGUCUCCUCAACCAACUGUCUUGGAAGUGACACCCCCAGACUCUGGCUCUAGAGCUGGAACCUUUGAGUCAGCUAUUGCUGACGAGGAACAGCAAGACUGUUUUGCUGCUGAAUUUAGAAAAAUGAAACUGCGAGGAGAAUUUCCUUGUAGAUUGUGCAAAGCAAUUUUCCCAAACUUGAGAGCUCUGAAGGGCCAUAAUAGGGUUCAUUUGACCAGCAGUGGUGGAGCAAAUCCAGUGCCUUAUCGCUGCAACAUGUGUCCGCACUACAGCUCAGAUAAGUCUGCAUUGAUCAGGCACAUGCGCACACACAAUGGUGACAGGCCAUAUGAAUGUGCCCUUUGUCAUUAUGCCUUCACUACAAAAGCAAACUGUGAACGCCACCUUAGAAAUAGACACGCUAAGAUGACUCGUGAAGAUGUGAAGAAAUCAAUUAUUUACCAUCCUUCAGAAGAUCCAACAAAUGAUGCAGACCAUAAACCAAACCGUGAUGAUGUCAAACGUUCUCUGUUCUCUGAGUCGGAUCAGUUGAAUCGCAUCGAGAGUAAGGAUAGUUUCAAAAUUGAGAAUACUCACAGUUUUACCAAACAAAACUUGGAAACACCCAAUAUUGUUUUUGAAAAAGCAAACUUGCCAAAGGCUUCACCAUUUGCUUAUGUUCAAAAGGCUCCAAGUGUUAAUGAUAUUACUGUCAAUGAAACUGUACAAAGAAAAUGUCUCGACGUAGGAACCAUGACCCAAGAAGAAAAUGAUGUGCGGAUUCCAGUGUACCAUGCAAAUACUACUCCAGAUAAAACCGAUAGCGAUACAGAUGCUCCAUUGGAUCUAUCUAUGGAUGUUUUAGACUUAAGUAAAAAGAAAGCUACUCCUAGAGAACAACCUAUAAUAAGUAAAAAUGAAGUGUUUGAAAAUGCAGAAGAAUUAGAACCACAAGAUUUGUCAAAAAAGCCAAACAUACCAGUAGAGAAAAGGGCGAUCUCAAUCAUAGAACCCAAGGAAACAAUCACAAUACAAAGAAAUAUUCCUGAAACAAACAAUGAAGACAAAAUAAACACUUCUGCUCAGUCACCUCAUCCAACUUAUGAAAAUGAAAAUCCUGUUUUACCCAACCCCUUGACAAAGUUAGACCUCUCAAAGUUUUAUCCAGCGAAUGCCCAUCCAUUUUAUUUGAAUGCCAAUGCACCUUUUCCUGCAUUUACACCAACUGUCAUGCCUAAUGGUUCCUAUCCACCAUACUUCAUACCACCUCCUCCAGGUUUUUUCCCUGGAAACUCCGGCCAAGAUUUUGUUGAAAUUAAGGAAAGACUUCAAAAAGAGUUGAUUAGAGGUCUUCAACUGACAUCAGGUGGAUCUCUUGUUCUUGAUCAGCUAGCAAUGGUGAAUGCAGCUGAUAGAAUUCAAUCUCUUCAACAGCAAGCCAUGGCAGAAUACAAUUGGCGAAUAGAAAACUCUAGGGAGGAAAGAACAUUCUCCCCGUCGAUGAAAGAAAAAAUUCCCGUUCAUGAAAGUGAAAAAGACACAAGAACUCCAGAAAUCAACCAUUCUAAGUUACAAGAAAAAUUGGCCCAGCCUAAACCCAAACAAGAAACUUCAUCUUCAGUUAAAAUGGUGAUAAAGAAUGGUGUUUUGAUUCCCAAGCAGAAACAAAGGCGUUACCGCACAGAGCGACCGUUCUCUUGCGAACAUUGUGCUGCAAGAUUCACGUUGAGGUCCAACAUGGAACGGCACAUUAAACAACAACAUCCACAAUACUGGUCUCAAAGACAGAGGAAUGCCAUAACAAUGCCAGCCAGACGCAAUCAUUCUAUCGUUCCUAAAGUGCCUCAAAGCUUACUCAACCACAGUCAGUAUUAUUCUCAAUCUGGAAUGCCCAACAUGAGUAUUAAAUCUGAAGAAGAUUCAAAGUCCUCGAUCAACAGCGACUUCAACGCUGAUAAAUUCACCCUGGAGGGAAAACCUUGUAUAUCAGAAGAAGUGAAGAAUGCUAUUGCUCUCCAACUGAAAUCAAAGAUUCCAUCUUCAGAGUCUGUAAAUGGUAAAAACGAAGAACUUAUGGAAGAAGAGGAGGAUGAAGAUCUAGUCAUCGAUGAAGAAAAGAAUGAUGAGGUCGAUGAUCAAGAUGGUGAGCAGAACGAAGAAGAAAUUUCAUUCAGAAAAAAGAUGUGUAUGAGAGAAGACAGCGCAGAUUUAGCAAGUGUAUCCAGGCUUCUUGACAAUGCUUCAACUCAGACCUUUCGCCAGUAUUUCCAUUCCGAGGAAGAUCAGCCUGGAGGUGAUGGAAGUGAUGAAGAUGAGGAGGGGUUGGUAGCAGCAGGCAGUGCCAGUGAAGGAUGCAACUCAGGCAGCGAUGAGAACAGGUCAGAAUCAGAAAACAACAGCACACACCCUCCAGCUGUGAAGAAGAAGAGUGCAUACUCCAUGGCUCCAAACAGAGUUUCCUGUCCGUACUGCGCCAGGAAGUUCCCUUGGUCUUCUUCUCUCCGUCGACACGUUCUGACACACACGGGUCAGAAACCUUACAAGUGUUCUUUCUGUCCUCUCCUCUUCACGACAAAGUCCAACUGUGAUCGUCACUUGCUGCGCAAACACGGAGGAGGAACUCCCACGACGACCGAAGUGCCUCCUACUGUCACGGAACAACCCAACGGACCAAACUACACCAUGAGGAACGUCCCCGAAAGGCCUUACAAGUGCAAGAACUGUCCUAGCUCUACAUUCUCCACCCUCAGCAACCUAAAGAAACAUCUCUCCACCAAACACCAACCAGGCGCGUUCAAGAACGACCAGAGUGGAUACGAAAGCCAUGGCAGUGCGAGCGAGGAGAUUGACGUUUGUGAUGAAGUGAAAGACGAAGAGAAAGAAAAAAGGCCGAUCACAGAUUUGAGAGAGAUCCAUCCUAGUCAUACUGAAAGUCAUACCUUCAAGCAAGAGACGUUUGUUGCGACCCCGUCGGAUUUACCGUUUAAGUGUCAUCUUUGCGAAGGCAGUUUUGCCGAGCGGCAGGAAGCGUUGGAUCACAUCCGAGACAGCCACAGCUCUGAGUUCCAACUCUUGGUUUCGAAGGGAGCGUUGGAGGUAGGGGCUGCUGCAGAAGAGAACCAUCCAACUGAAGAGAAUGGAGAAGAAAACUUGGAACAGCUGAGGGGGAAGUUUCCAGACUACGCCAAUAGAAAGGUGAUGUGUGCCUUCUGUCUGCGACGUUUCUGGUCCGCCGAAGAUCUAAGACGACACAUGCGAACACACACGGGAGAGCGACCAUUCUCUUGCGACAUCUGCAGACGACGCUUCACUCUCAAGCACAGCAUGCUGCGACAUCGCAAGAAACAUUCGUUCCCCGCUCCCGAGGACACUUCUCCAGCCAGUGACGAAGAGACAGCACCCAACAAUAAUAACAACAACUACAACACCAUUCUGACCAAGCACUGGGCUAAGUCUCGGAUGGAGGAGGAUUCAGAUUUAAUCAGUAACCUCCUCGGAAUCCAAGACAAAACUAUCGUCGAUAAAAUGUUGCUUUCAAAGUCUGCUGAGGAUGCUGCUAAAUUGCUAGGUGUCAAGAAGUAAUUUGAGAAAAAGCUACAAUUUUCUAUGUUUAUCAUCAAUAUUUAAGUAUUACCUCAAAGUUCAUCGUGUAAUUUCGGUAUAGACAAAGUCUUACUUUUGAUUCUUGAUGCAGAUGUAGAUUAUCAUUUUUUCAUGAAACAGAAGCCAGAUUUUACUUAAUGAUAUCCUAGAUCCAACCCCAAACAAAGUGUGCGACUGUCAAAGUUCUAUUGUCAUUUAGUUUUUCAUAUGAUGAUAGCUAAUGUGACAGCUAUUGUUUACAACCAGACAUAGUUUUGGUUGAGAAUCAUUCAAAUAUUGGUGAGGCAGAAAACAAAUGAGAGCUGCACAUUUUGGCUGUGGGUUGCAUUCAAGUUAAAUUUAAUAACGAUCCAGUAAAAACAACCUGGAAAGGAGAUGUCUACUUCAUGUUAUCCAUAGUCAAAUUACGUUAAACGUUUUUCUGUACUCAAAAUCUUCUACUGCAGUUUAAAAACUUAAAUCGAUAUCUUUAUACCUGUCAUUGUAUUGCAAUGUUUUUACGAUAAGCUAGUCAAUGAUAAGGACUCCUUCAGACAUUUAAGUGUUUUGUGUAAUUAAUUGCAACUUUACUCACAUUUAGUAUGACUGCACAAUCUAUAAUGUAUCGUAAAUGGCCGCUUUGAUUCGAUAUUCGUUCUUUUCAUCUUUUGCUAUCACAAGUGCUUUAUCCAUUGAUUUGUAUUAUAUGUGCCUUAUGAGUGUUUUAUUGUUUUUGGUGGAAAUUCUUGAUUAGUACAACGCAUUGUCCUGUGAUAUAAGACAUUGGUCUUCAUAGCCUUGAUGUUUACUUGAUGAAGCAAUCAAUGUGGAAAACUCAAGCAAUAAGUAUUAUUAAGGUAUUAAACGUAAAGGGCAUUACACCUAGAACAUACGAGGUUUGAUAUAGUUAUUUAAAAAAUUACAUAAACUUAUCUUUUAAGACUUGGUAAUCAUUACUGUUUCUAAAAGAAAGGUACAGCUUACGGUGGAAAUACUUUUAUUUUCACCUUCUAUUUGUUAAUUUUAAAGUCGAUAAAUAUUAAAUUUUGUGAGAAAAUAAUUAAAUUAGAAUUUUUAGAUAACUACAAUCAGCAUAUUUAGAGAAUCUAAAAUUGCUAUUGGUCAUUAGUAAAUUGUUGAGUAUUCUUUGUUGAAGAUAAAUCUUAACUAAUUUACCUAUGUAUUAUUCAUUUUAAAUGGCUUAGCAUUUAAAAUGUAACAGAUAUAGGUAUAAAUUUUUAAAUAAAAGAACAAAUUGCGUAGCAAUACAGUAUUUUUAAUAAGUUCAUGAUAAAACCAGAAAUAUUUUUGGACUGAACAUUUUGAAUGAGAAUUGCAGUAAAAAUAACCUAUAAUGUGCUUUUAAAAGAAGAGUAACCAGCUAAAAAUUGUUUAAUCUUUACUAACUUAUUAUUUCAAGCAAAGUCAUUGUUUGAUUAUAGUUAGUUAUUGUUAAUUUAUUUAUACACAAAGGUUUUCUUCAUUUGUGUUUUGCUCUUGAAAAAAUCCAUAAGUAUUAUGCUGUACUUUAAUAUAGCUGUAACUUAAAGCAUUUUCAGUAAUGAAGAAAAAUAACGGCUCAAUUCAUUACAAAAAUCGUAAUAGAAUUAUAGAUGACAUUUUUAGCUGGGUUGCUACAGCACAAGGAUUUAGAGAAGACUAACCAUAGACUUACAAGCAUCUUCAUUCUUAUAAUAUACGUCUUCAGUUUGCGAAGUAUUUUGUCUAUGGUCACUCCUCUCCUUAUCUGUUUUAGCCAUAAAUUGCAUCUCUCAUUCGCUAAUCUAUUAUUUAUUUCAUGUAACGAGUGAACGUUUUUAAUUUUAAUAUUUAAAUGUUUUUACAGUUAAAUAGUUAGUUAUGAUCUGUUCUUUAGUUCAUUUAACAUUGUAUGUAAAUCUAUACUGAAUAUUUUAGUAGUUUCUCAUUCAUCAUUCCAAAGAUUUAAUUUUAAGGCUUGUAAAUAGUAAUAUUCGCAAUAAUAUAUUUAUUAAGUUUGUAUAUAAGAGGUUGUAUACACACAGAAUGUGGUUUCUUUUGUCUGUUGUUCAUUCCUCAUUUCCACUACUGUUCAAAAGUUUAUGUGCUCUGUUACUUUUUGUUCUCUUGAAAUCUAUUAAAUGUGAUUUCCAUAAGAA